GGACCUUUUGCCGGUUACGUCGCACGUGUAAAGAGCGUCGAGUACGUAUCCUUGCCAGGUUGAAGCUAUAUUCAGUCGUUUGGGGUCAAAGUGGCAUGAGCAGGAGUGUUAUGGACGGUAACCAUAGUCACUCCGACGAGCAAAGCAACGACGUCGCGCGCCGAGAUGGACGGUGGCGGGACUCACAUGGCGAAGCCGAAGCGACUGCACGCGGCCACACUGUCCUUGCCAAGCUCACGACCCAUUUGGUGGACACGUACUCGAAAUGUGGCCUGCCGCGCCACGAGCAGCCCAAGACGGCACGGCGCCUCUUGACCAAAAACAGCCAAGUCGUGGCCAACAACGGAUGGGACAACUGCGACAACAACAUUGUGCUUCGAGUGCGCGACCUGCUGGACGUCCACACCCGCUCGGGCGUGGCGAAAACGUUUGUCGUGCUGGACCUGUUGGGGCAAGGCACGUUUGGCCAAGUGUUUCGAUGCCAAGACGUGGCAACGAAGGCUGUUGUGGCCAUCAAAAUCAUUCGCAACCAUCCGUCGUAUUACAAGCAAGCGCUAGUCGAAGUCCAAGUCUCGCAGCUGUUGACGUCUGCGGUGGGCAUGGAAGGCCAAGAGCAUGUUGUCGAGCUGCUCGAUUCGUUCAUGUUCCAAAAUCACUUGUGCCUUGUGUUUGAGCUCCUCAGUGUAAACCUCUUCGAACUGCUCAGCCAAAACAACUUUCGCGGCCUGCCCCUGACGAUUGUGCGGGGCUUCUUGCAUCAAAUGCUGAGGUCGCUUGUGCUAUUGAACAACGCCCAGGUUAUCCACUGCGAUCUCAAGCCCGAAAACAUUUUACUCACUGGGCAAGACAAACUGCACUCGAUGGCCCACCCCAGCCAAGUGGUGCCGUCGAUCAAACUCGUCGACUUUGGCUCGGCGUGCUAUGAGAACGAAACCGUGUUCUCGUACAUCCAGUCGCGGUUCUAUCGGUCUCCAGAAGUCCUCCUCGGGCUUCCCUAUUGUGGCGCCAUAGACAUGUGGUCCCUCGGGUGUGUGAGUGCCGAAAUGUACUUGGGACUACCUCUCUUCCCCGGGGCCUCGGACCAUGACCAACUCAAAGUCAUCGUCGACACAUUGGGGUGGGUACUUCCAAUCUCAAGGAUUUCUCGGAUAUGCUAUGUACCUAAAAGUGAUGGGGUUUUCAUUCCACUCGCAUUUAGGUACCCGCCCCUCCACAUGGUGCAACAAGGGUCAAAUUUACGCAAGUUUUUCAAUAUCACUUCUCACAGUGGGAUUGUCCUCAAGACGGCCGAAGAGUACGCCCGCGACUGCCACACCACCGUGGCGUCGUCGAAGCGGUACUUCAAGCACUCUGCCCUGCCUGACAUUAUCAACGCAUACCCCAUUCGACGAGGAGCAUCUGCAGACGAAGUGACCAAGGAGCGCCACAGUCGCGCCGCGUUCUGCGACUUUUUGCGUGGGUUGCUUCAAUUGGACCCGCAGAACCGGUGGACACCGCAGCAGGCGUUGGACCAUCCGUUUCUCUCUGGCAGACCAUACAUCCAGCCUUACGAGCCAGCGACCCACCGCCGCAGAAACAUCAGGUUUCGAAGCCCCAUCAUGCCCAUGCACCAGCCAUACUCGACGACCCCUCCCCUGAGCACCUCCGCGCCCUUGCCGCCCUACUUCCAGUACCACCCGCCAAUGUACUCGCAUUCGUGUCCCUUUCCCCAACGCGAGCUUCCUCAGUGGCGUGUGCCUCGUCCUCAUUCCAGAUUGUAUCAUCAGCAUCAUCAGCAUCAGCAGCAUCCACACCACACCAUGACUUCGCAUGCGUCGUGUUGUCCGCCGCCGUUCGACCACUGGGACCCGUUCUUUAUGCACGAACUGGACGACGCCCUUGCCGCUCCUCGUCCCCCUUCUCCAUUGUACUCGUCGGAUCAUGUCAAGAAGGAACGAGUCGCGCCACGACUUGCCGCCGACCCGACGACGGAUACGUGUGACUUUGAACGCAAUGAUGGCAACACCAGCAACAAUAGGCAACCAACCCAUCGAAAGUGGCGAAGGCGGCGCAAGAAAAAACUAGCCGACUACCUUUAAUAUGCCUUCUCGUACACUAGUAUAUAAUACUAGUAGUAUUACUAAAACAACGACGACAAUCGAUGUGUAUUAUGUU